CGAGCGCUCUCUCUCCCUCUCUCUAUUCCUUCGUUGUUAGUACCAAGUAGGGCCCUCCAGGAGACGUCACUGUAUCUCGAACAUCGAGAUGCGAUACUCAGAUUGAAGGAGCCAGAUAUCGAUACAUCGUGAGAGAACACAUCGACGGGGAUAAAUGAAAGCGUGACGUGAGUCGCAGUCGCGCGUCGUCCUGCCGUUUGUCGUACCGUCGUCGAAGGUAGGAGGAGGAAUAAUGUCACCGUGCGAGAAGAUUCAGGAAGAUCGCACGCGUCUGUAACAACGUCAAAAUCAUCGCGGCUCCGACAGCUGCAACAUCCUUAACGGGCGCCGACGCCGCAGAAAUGGAAGCGGACUAUCAGCCGACGUUGAGCCCGUCGCGGACGUUGAUAGCAGGCGUAACCAACGACUGUGAGGAUCCGUACCCUAGUUUGUCGGAUUAUCACGAUUAUGAGCCAAAUCUGGAGUUUGAUGAUACAGAGUUGCAAACCACCUCCAACAAUGCUGUACAACUUCUGGAGGAGAAAUUAGAUUUGGCAAGUAGCGGCGCGGGCACUGGAAUAGAUUAUUUGGAAAGUCCAGUGAGCGACGGCACGAUCGAAGAGAACUUUGAGGAAGCUUUGGUAGACGCUCCGGUUAUUGAAUCUGCAGAAGACCUCGCCGCUUUAGAUGGCGAACUCGCCGAUGAGGAGGAUUAUCUCGACAUAUCUAGACACGGGAUCGUGGAGGUGGUUGGCGAUGACAGUGCCGGUCGCAAGAUAAUAGUGGUGUCAGCCUGUAAAUUGCCUCCUAUUGGGAAGGAGACCUUCAAUCAUGCUAAGCUCCUAAGGUAUCUCACGCAUACCUUAGACACGUUCGUGGAGCAAGAUUAUAGUCUCAUUUACUUUCAUUAUGGUCUUACGUCGAAAAAUAAACCGCCUCUGUCUUGGUUAUGGCAGGCGUAUAAAGCGUUUGAUAGGAAAUAUAAAAAGAAUCUUAAAGCCCUUUAUCUUGUACAUCCGACUAAUUUCAUUAGAAUCGUGUGGCAGAUAUUCAAGCCGGCUAUUAGUGUAAAAUUUGGGAGAAAGAUGAUGUACGUUAAUUAUCUAGAGGAAUUGGCGCAAUAUAUUAAUUUAGAUCAACUUAUCAUACCUCCCCAAGUGAUAGAACACAAUGAACAGUUACUGAUAAAAAAUAAGAAGAAUUUACUGACAAGUCCACCGCAAAGCACAGUGACCACGCCAGUUGGCACGACUCAAUUCGGUGCUGGUUUGCAGUUUAUAAAGGAAAAUAACAACGGUGAUCCGAUACCGCCAAUAUUGAGGCAAUGCGUAGAAUUUCUCGACACUCCUGACGCUCUCGAAACUGAAGGCAUAUUCCGACGAUCAGCCAACUUAAUGGUCGUCAAGGAACUUCAAAAUCGUUGUAAUCAAGGUCUACCCAUCGACUUUCAAGGAGAUCCACAUAUUGCUGCGGUCCUUCUUAAAACUUUCCUCCGUGAAUUAGACGAACCCCUUAUGACUUACGAAUUGUACGAUGAAAUUACACAGUUUCAAACAUUAUCGAAGGAUGAGCGUCCACGUAAAGUUAAGAUACUAGUGCUGGAAAAGCUGCCCGAAGAUAACUAUCAAGUCCUUAAAUAUAUCGUACAAUUUUUAUCAAGGGUAAUGGACCGAUGUGACUUGAACAAGAUGACUUCUAGCAAUCUUGCAGUCGUGUUCGGACCAAAUCUAGUUAGGGCACCGCCAGCUCGAGGGAUGUCUCUCUCCGCGAUAGGGCCCAUCAACCAAUUCAUAGACUUUUUAUUCACUUAUCAAGAUAAGAUAUUCAUUAUUUAAAAAUGCAUCGCGUAAAGACAGCCCAGGGCCUAAUCAUUCAAUUACCGACCAUGGUUAUUAUCAUACAUCUAAUAUUCGCACUUUCAUUUACCGGAAUAUUUUUAUAUCUGACGAUAGAGAGAAGAGCAAAGAAGGAGAUGCCCAAUAUUUGUUCACACGAUUUUGCACAAGAUUUUUUAAUACGAUUAGGUACAAUAAUUUUUGCAGAUAGAAAGGAGCAGGAAAGAAUGUGUAUAUUUACAAAAAUUAUGACCAAAUACCAAAGAUACAUGAAACAUCACGCGGUGAAUAUGUAUAUAUAUAUAUAGUAGGAUGUUUAAAUUGAGAUACCUUAAUAUAACAAAAAUGCAAAAUAGAAAUGUUUUAAACAAAAGUUGUAGGUUUGAGAGGAAACAUAUUUUGGCCUUAACUUCGUAGUACUGUCAAUAAUUCAGUCAUUUUAAGGUCAACUUCGUUUUUCUUGAUAGAACUAUAUAAUUUUUUUUAAUACAAAUCGAUUUCUCGGUUCAUUCUGCGUAUAAAAAUACUAGGAUUAGA